AUGUCCUCACCACCUCCAUCGGCUGGGCCACAAGCCUUCGAAACAGAGAAGCAAGAUGUCACGACAUCCAUAAUCCCGAUCCAAGACCAAGGACCAACCUCCCUCCUAUCCGAAAUCCGCAAAUACCCCAAGAUCUCCGCCUACGCCAUCGGCCUAGCACUCGCCUUCCUUUUAACAGGCUACGACACCGUCAUCCUCGGCACAAUCACCGCAGUCCCCUACUUCAAGUACCAAUUCGGCGAGCUCUACGGCUCCGCCUACAUUAUCCCCUCAGCAUGGCUAUCCGUCUGGAGCGCAAUCCAGCCCAUCGGCGCCAUGAUCGGCGCCGCAGCUGCAGGCUGGUUCCAGGACCGCGCAGGAAGACGCUGGUCCCUCGGGCUGAGCUGCGUGAUCUGCGCCAUCGGGAUCGCCAUCGCCUUCUGCUCGAACCUGCCUGCGGCAAUGGCGUCCAGACGGGGCACGUUCCUCGUUGGCCGAUUCAUUCAGGGUCUGGGCGUUGGCGGCUCGAUGGCCGGUGCGCAGACGUAUCUGUCCGAGACUGUGCCUGUUUCUCUGCGCGGUUCGGCGAUGGCGCUGAGCCCGACUUUCAUGCUGCUUGGUGAGCUGAUUGGGGCGCUGGUUAUCUGGGGUUGUGAGCAUAGGACUACGAGCACGGCGUUCCUGAUUCCUUUUGGCACCCAGUGGAUUACUGCUGUCUUGCCUUUCUUGGUGGCUGUUUUCAUGCCUGAGAGCCCGUCUUAUUUGUUGCGGAAGCAGGAGUAUGAGAAGGCGUCUAAGGCGAUGACGGCGCUGCACACCGACCGCGUGGAUACUGUGCCGAUGCUGGAACAGAUGCGGUUGUCUGUUAUUCACGAAGAGCAGGUUUCGGCUGAGCUGUCGUAUAUCGACUGUUUCACCGGCACUAAUCGACGACGUACGAUGAUUACUGCGUUCGCGUUCAUGGUUCCUAGUUUGUUUGGUGUUCCUCUCCUGUCGAGUGCGAGUUACUUCAUGCAGACGGUGGGUAUGUCGGCCAGUCUCAGCAUUGUCGUUCUCAUCAUUGGUAUUGUCUUGGGUCUUCUCGCCAAUGCCGUCGGUGUUUGGCUGAUGAGUCGCUUCGGUCGGCGUCCCCUCAUGCUUGGUACCCUGGCCGCCAGCGCAGUCAUCUACUUGAGUAUGGGAAUUGCAGGCUGCUGGUCUGGACAUAUUGUGGUCUGGUACACUGCCGUUUCCUUGAUUGUUGUUGUCAUUGUGUGUGGCAUGGGUGCUUGGCCCGCAUCUUACGCGAUCUCUGGAGAGGCCUCCUCGCUUCGCCUUCGUGCCAUGACCCAAGGUAUUGGUGUCUUGUGCUACAUGUUGUCCAAUGUUGUCCUCAGCUUGAUUCUCCCUUAUAUUUACAAUACCGAUGAAGGAGACCUGAAAGGCAAGACUGGCUUUGUAUACGCUGGGCUGUGCCUCAUCGCUUGUGCUGCGACAUGGGCUAUCGUGCCGGAGAUGAAAGGCCGCUCAGCGCUGGAGAUCGAUGCCAUGUUCGAGGCCGGCUUGCCUUGCAGACAGUUUGAAAGCUGGUCCAAUGAUGGAGGAUCUAUUGAUGGCGAGAAGGUAUAA